AUGGCUCAGUCGUACUUGGCCGUUCAGCUUAACGCAAAGGUCCAUGAAAAGGACAUAGAUCUUGACAUCAACAUCAUUACUGAGCUACCUAAAGGCUCUGUGAUAAAGAGAUGCCGAGGGCAUGGGUCAAGCAACUGGGGUGAGACCGCCCGGAUUGAUGCAGAGGUGGACGGCGAAUCGAGAUCGUACUUUCUAAAACGGAUUGCAGGAGAGAAGGGCGGGCCAAUGCUCCAUGGAGAGUUCGAGUCGAUGCGUAUGAUUAAUGACCUGGUCCCAGCAUAUUGUCCCAAGCCGUUGGCCUGGGGGAGUUGCGCAGAUCCCAACGUUCAUUACCUUCUCUUCCCUUUCCACGAGUUGAAGAAAGGGCGGCCAGAUGCUCACCGUCUGGGUCAAGCUGUUGCCGAGCUCCACACACGGAGUAUUUCUCGCAACCCUACAGGCAAAUGGGGGUUCCACAUGACGACGUAUAAUGGGCCACUUGCACAGGAUAACACUUGGACGGGGACUUGGGAGAAGUUUUGGAUCAGGGGAAUGAAGAAGCUGUUCGAAUUCGAGGAGGAGGCGAGAGGGCCAAGUGAAGAACUGCGGCAGCUCAUCAAGCCGUACUUCGAAAAGGUCUGCCCAAGGCUGCUUCGCCCGCUCGAGUCCAACGGGAGGGACAUCACCCCCGUGUUGAUCCAUGGGGACUUAUGGGUUGGAAACACGGCUGUUCAGGCAGAAACGGGGGAACCCUUGCUGUUUGAUUCUGCUGCCUUGUGGGGGCACAACGAAUAUGAGCUCAGUUACAUGCGCCCGGCUGGCGAUGACUGGAGCAGAGAGUAUGUGGAAGCUUACCGCAGGUUGAUCCCCAGGUCAGAGCCACAGGAUGACUGGGAAGCCAGGAAUGCACUUUACGCGACCCGGGUGAUUGUUGUAGACUCCGCAAUUUACGUCGAGCAUGAGCACUUCAGAAGAAUCUUGAUUGAGGAGAUACGCAAGCUAGUAGAGCUAUUCCCAGGCGGCUAUCAAGAGGAAAGCGAUGUCAAUCCCACAAAUAAAUCAUAA